AUGCCUGUAGAUGCAAACAAGUACAAGGAGGUUGGUGCCUGCCCAACCAGAAGAGAGAGAAAGACCAGAGCAGGUGCGAGUAUCAAUGCAGGCAAGAACACUCCUGCCCUACCUGAUACCUCGAUGCUUCAGUGGCUGGCACGCGCUAGGCCAAUGGGUAAACUCGGCAGGUACGGCUUUGAAAUCCCCGUUUUGGAAGUUUCAGACGAGAAAGAAGACCAGCUCAACGUCCAACUUCGAUGCAGCCAUCCUCGGCCUACAGCUUGGGCAAUCGCAUGUGCACUCCCCUCAUCGUGCCUUGAAGUCGUCGGGGACAACAUGGAUUUGGAAAUGGUCACGCGAGCAAACAACUCAUUCCGCACCUACCAGAGUGUGUAG